AGUUUCAGCAACAAUGUAAAUCAAAGUUGACACCAUCUAAAGGAGAUCCAUAAAAAUGACAGAGAGACCAUCUCAUUUUUCCUCCCAGGGACUCAGCCAUAGCUUCAGUAUGGCGAGUCUUGCUGAAGGGAGCAGUGAGCCAAUCUCGGAAGCUGAGGAGAUAAAUGAGAUGAAAUCACUAACUGAAAUGGGAAACAAAGCAAUGCAGAUCCGUGACUUUAAUGAAGCUAUCAAGCACUAUGAUGAAGCCUUAGAGAUUGAUGAUAAAAAUGUCGAGGUUUUAAAUGCUAGAAUACUUGCUUUUAUUGAAAUGAAAGACUACAAAAGGGCACACAAAGAUGCAGAAUAUUGGAUUUCACUGGAUUCAGACAGUGCAAAGGCCUUCAGAUUCCUAGGAAUUACUCUACAUGAACUGGACAGACCUGGGGAAGCCUUGAAUGCCUUUCUGACGGCUCUGGAUCUGGACCCUCAGAGUGCUGAUGAACUGACCACUAGUAUAGCUACUGUGUCCACAUUCUUCUGUGAAAUACCCCCAGAUGUCCUCAGAAAGAUCAAAGGAAUGGACCCCUACAAGAAACUAAGUGAAGUUGGAGUCUGUUUAUUCCAAAGUAAGAAAUAUGAGCUAACUAUCAAGAUUCUAGAGGCAGCUCAGAAGUUUGAGACAAACCAGAAAGGAAUAACAAUGAGAGUGCUUCUAACCAUGGCAAAUUCCUUCUCGGCCUUAAGAAAGAAUGAGCAAGCAAUUAACUUGUACCAAGAAUGUCUCAGCACAGCAAUGGCCACCCAUGAGCAGAUAUACCAGACAAAAUCAUUGGUUAACAUUGCUACAUUAUAUUUGGAAAUUAAAGAUACACAUCAGGCCAUUGUAUAUUAUGAGAAAUUGUUAGAUUUAGAGGCAGAGAUCAGAGAAGAGGCUGGGUCUGAAGAAAAUUUUCCUGAUUUUUGGACCAAAGAGUUGCAAUGUGGUCUUCAUUUAAAUUUAAGUAUUGCAUACAAAUCCAUUGGAAAUAUGGCAUAUGCUGAAAAACAUGCUCGAAAAUAUGUGAAACUAUUGGAGAAAUUUGGUAUCGAAGGACGUGCACAGUCAGAGUCUUAUCACAACACUGGAAUGUUAAAUGAAAUUCUGGGAAAUUUUAACGAAGCUUUAAAAAAUUAUUCUUUGUACCUCAGAGUCUGCAAAAAGAAUGGUGACAAAAAAGGCAUGGCCCAGGCAUAUGGUUGUUUAGGAAGUGUAUAUGCUGCAAUCAGAAAUUGGAAACUAGCAAUUACCUACCAUGAACAGCAUAUUGCAAUGGCUAAAAGAUUCAAUGAUCCCAAAAUGUUAGUUAUUGCCUAUGAAAUGAUGGCAGACACAUACAUGGUUAAGGAAGACUUUGACAAAGCAGUGGAAAAUUACAAUCAGAUGUUAAAUUCAUGCAUAAGAACAGACUAUAGAGCUAAAUCUAUGGCUUUCUGUAAACUUGGCAAUGCUUACAGAGAUAUGAAAAAGACUCAGUAUGCCAUUGGAUUUUAUGAACAAGCUUCCAAUCUGGCAGAAGAUUUUGAUUAUGUUGACAUUUUAACCAUGUGUCAUUACAACCUAGCAUGCAUCAAAAGACACUCAAAACAAAUGAUGGAGAUCGAGGAAGCUAGAAAAUAUUUUGAAAAACUAAUUCCUUUAUUUGAAACGAAAAUUCGGGAGCACAGAGAUGAAGAUACAUACUGUCCAUCAGAAUAUCAUACUCAGCUACAAGAAUCCUACGAUGGAAUUCAAAAUGUCUUGUGCAAAAUGGGAAACAAAGAAGAAUGUUUACAGUAUGCUGAAGCAUACAGGAAACGCUAUAUUACUCAGAUUAAGGGACAUCCUGUGUCAUACAUAAACUAUGGGCCACAAACUGAUUUCUGGGCAGUGGAUCGGAUGUCUCGAUUGGUUAAUGAACAGAAUGCAGCUGUGGUUUACUAUUCGGUUCUUAGCCACCGGGUUCUGAGUUGGGUGUUUGUACCGGGUAGUGGACUGGUGCGGUUCUACUCUGGAAAAUCAGCAGAUGUGGAAGAUAUGCAGGAUAGGAUUCAGAUUUGUUUGGAUGGUCUUAAAAACACACCCGACUGGAAAACCAUGCAGAACUCUUGUGAAGACCGCUGCUUGCCAAUCAGAAAUGCUCAACUACAGUACACUAGAAGAAAGAACUUAGCCCUUGGAAAAGAUGUAAUACAAGACAAAACAAACAAAGACUUGUCAGAGGAGGGAAGCCCAAACAAAAUAUUGUUUAACCUCCUCUUAGCCCCUGUAGAAGACAUUCUUAUGAAACUCCCUCAAAAGAGCCACCUUAUAAUUAUUCCAGACAAGAACUUGUAUGACUGUCCAUUUGGCAUCCUUCAAGACUGGAAUGCUAGAUACUUGUGUGACAGAUUUCAUUUGACUUUAUUGCCCAGUCUAUUUGCUCUGGAGAAGGUCAUUAACAAUGAAAUGAACUACAUGAAAGCACAAGAUGACCUUGACUUUGAAAGAAGCCAAACAAGAAAUGGUGGAAUGAACAGAGUUCUGGCUCAGAUGGUAAUGACCAAUGCAAUCAGUCCUGACAUGGAAAAGGAAGACACACAUGAUUCAUAUGACUUACGGAAAACAGCUAAUCCUAGACUUUUGACUACAAUGUUGGGCAUGCCUGCUUCAGCAGGAAGCAACAAAGGUGAAAUGACCUCAAAAGUUCCCAUGCCUUCUUCUCAAGAAUCUUCCAGAGGUGCAUUCUCUCCAAGAAAGCCUUUACCAGGAAUUGUAACUCACAACACUUCUAAUAAAUAUCAAUCCCAAAUUGGCAGCCCAUUGCCCAUGGAAAAAAUGCUGAAUGCCCAUACAUAUACAAUUUUGACCAAAAGGACAUCGACAGGAACUGACAUCACUUCCUCAACCAUGUGUAUUACAUCAUAUCAACAGAUCUGUGAUACAGAUAAAUGUGUUGUAUUUGGAAAUCCAAGACUUCCAGAAAAACUUCUUGUUUUUGACUGUGAAUGGAAGCCAGCAAAUGUAUAUCUACCAGCAGCUAAACGGGAACUGAGUGCUGUUGCAUCUUAUCUCAAUGUAGAUCCCAUCACAGGGCCAGAUGCAACCAAGGAGAAUUUCAUAUCAAGCAUAGAAAAUGCUACAGUCAUUCAUAUAGCAUCUUAUGGUUGUUGGAAGGAAGGAUUCAUUGUUUUCACUCCUGGAGAGGUGAAGUUACAUGAAGGUCCUCCUCAGGAGUCCUCCUAUCUUCUGUCACUAGAGGACAUUAUACAGUUAAAACUGAAGGCCCAGAUUGUUGUCCUCAAUAUUGGAUAUGGACCUAACAGAUACAAAGAGUGUAUUCCUCCUGGGUUUACUUUGCCAUCAGCAUUCCUCAAUGCAGGUGCUCAAUGUGUAUUAGUCAGUAUGUGGUCUCUGCCAAACAUCGCUAUGGAAAAGUUUUACUACCAUUUCUAUACCACCUUAAAUAAAGGAGCACUGGUCACUGAUGCCCUUGGUGCAGGCAUUAAAGGUCUCAGGGCAGACGAGAGGUUCAAUGAUCCAUUUUUCUGGUCACCAUGGAUACUAAUUGGGAAAGAUGUCAAGGUCAACCUGCUCCAGAUUCAGCAUUCCAUGUUGGACCAAGCUCUGAAUAAGACAGAGAAAGAGCUUGAGGAGGAAAAGGGGAAAGAGUUACUGAAUCCAAAGAAUGUGCUGCCCCUGGUUUCUUCCAGAGAAGAUAAUCUCAAGACUCUACAGGAAUGUUUGGCCUUCCUUUUGCUCCAUCAUAAAGGGCAACCCGAGGUCAUCCCAAAACUUAUUGAUCUGCUGGAUAGUGCUUUGAAGAGAUUACAUACAGAAGAGAACAAUCGACAGACUACACGCUUACCAGAUUGUGUUAUACAGAGCUCUAAAGCCAUGGAGUUGUUACGACUGCUUGGCUUCCAUUUCCAGGCCAAAGGAGCAUCCCUCAGUAGCCCCUAUGUUGUGUACCCCCACUGGAAUCAGGAUGAAUUGCUGAUACCAACAUAUGAUGCUUUGAGAGCAAUAACAGAUAUAUCAUUUGAAGUAGAUUGUGUACAGGCAAUCCAUGAUAUGCUUCCCCUAACUCAGGAUAGCAUCUCCCUUCUAGUAGAUCUACUUGCCAUCACAAAGCAUGCGGCUGAAGUUCAGCUCAAAGUCAGCGAUUUGUCUGUCAGGCCACUUUGGCAGAACAGUCGCGUAAAGAAAGUUCUCACUGCUACAGGCUUCCACCAGAUAGGCCUGCUGCUCAAUUUUAAUAAGACACCCAGCCGCAAACAAUUGCUGACUGCAGUUUUACAGUUCAUGUUGUCUGUUAGUGCAUAUAAAAGUCAGGUUCUUUUGUAUCGACUGGAUGUCAACCUCCUCGGAAAAUCUAGUGCUUCUAAGAAAGCUGACUCUGUUGAGAUGAGUAAACUUCCAUCUUUAACUCCUGUCAUUUUGCCAAGAAAUCAGAAACUCGGAUUUUCUCUGAGUGAUUCUUUGAGCAAUCUGACAGACUAUAGAUUAAGAAUGAGUACACCGUGGCUUAGUAAACCAGAGAAACCAGAAGAAAUGGAGGAGAAAAUCAAACUCGCCAGAAGUAAAUCAGAUGUGGAUGAUGAAUUCAGGGACCACUUAGAACGAGCCAAGACAUGGCAUCAGAUUUCUGUUAUUGCACAGGCCAAUGAGAGACUUGCCCAAUAUGGCCGUCCCCGGACAACCCCCACAAAGGUCAAAGUUCUCCCUGGUGCCAGCUCCUCCCAACAGAGGACCCCAGUGAACAAGGAGCGCUUGUUAGUUAUUCCAGAAGUAGACCAGCGCAGGGACUAUGCUGGAUUUGUGUUACAACAGAGAAUGGAUAAUAUUGAUGUUCGACACAAGACCGAGGUCAUGAAACUGUACUUGCCCUAUAUACAGACCACACCCUCUUCUUGAGAGGGAUCAAUGGAAGGAAAAAAUCUGAUAAGGCACCAUAAAAAAGACAGUGUAAGAAUGAUGGAGACUAUUUUUGAGGGGGAGAAAGGAGAGAUGAGUUAGUCAUUGGUUAUAUAAGUAAAAACCCUGUGUAAAGCCAGUCUUCAGGGUGUAAAAAAACUUGGUAAUCACUGUAAUUUAUUUAAUAUUUGAAAGCAAGUUCAUCACACUGAACUUUAGAGUGAAAAGCUGAUUUUUUCCGGGCAUUUUUUAACAUUCACUUUUGAAUUGGAGAGUGAAAUGUUUCCUCUGAGCACUUUUUCAAUAGAAUAGUGCAUCUUCUGUAAGGAAAAAAAAAGAAAUUGUAUUAUAGUUUAUACUGAUAUCUUUAAUACAUCCACUGAAUGUUUUCUCUUUUAUUUAUUAUGAAUUCCAUAUUGCUGUCAUUACAGCAAUAGGAACGAUUUCAUUCUAAACAAUAGGAAGAUCAUUUUUAUUUUGAGUCAUCUGAAUUUUACCCCAAAGAUAGCAAAAGUGUUAAGGGUCAUUUAUUCUGGCUCUUAAAUUUAUGUAACAUGCAGACCAAUAAAAUUAGUCUCAUGAAACUUUACAUGAAUAAUUUAUGAAGGAAAUAUACAACUAUAAACAAUAAAAUGUUUUUGAUUGUUGUGUUAUAUCGGAUAUGACAAUUGCAAUCAUUCCGGAAAAAAUUGGCAUAAAUUUUCGUAAAUCUGGGUUAAUAUGUUUUUUUUCUGCAGUGUUGUAACUAUUAUAUCCAGUGUAAUACAACAGAGAAUUUCAAAGCAUUUUAUUGUUAAAAUAAAAUCUUUAUAUACUUAAUUUAUAUUUACAGAUAUUAGUACUCAUUUCACAAGUAAAAUCAUAUCAAUAUCUGAUGACAACAAUACAAUUGUUUGUUUUGUUUUAUGAUUACGUUUCACUGGAGCCUUAAUUUUGCAAUUUUUAAUGCAAAUUUAUGAAAACAUAAUAUUCUCAUUGUGAUAUGUUGUCAUGCGCAUUAGAUUGUAAAUUUUUGGUUUCAAAAUGAGUGUCUUAUUGUGUGUAUAUGUGUAUAACUCAAAAAGUUUUAUCA